AUGUCUCUCGUCAGCGGCCACGACGACGGCGGCGGCGGCGGAGGCGACUCGCAGGUCGUGAACACCCGGGUCGGCCGACUACUGAGAGAGCGGGAGCUGAAGAAAAGCCUCAGGACCACGCUCUCAUCCAUAAUCGACGGUCCAGACGCGAUCGGAGCUGAUUACGACUCUUCGGGGUCUCAGGACAUGGAGCGGAGCUCGGAGGGCUCCACCGUCGAUGGUUUGAGGGAAAGCCCCGACGGGAGGCCUAUCAGGCAGCGGCUGCUGGUGGUGGCGAAUAGGCUUCCGGUUUCCGCCGUGAGGCGCGACGAUGAUUCGUGGUCUCUGGAGAUAAGUGCAGGCGGUCUCGUGAGCGCACUAUUGGGUGUGAAGGAAUUCGAGACACGGUGGAUCGGUUGGGCGGGCGUGAACGUGCCGGAUGAGGCUGGGCAGAUGGCAUUGACUAAAGCUCUAGCUGAGAAGAAGUGUGUCCCUGUUUUCUUGGAUGAGGUGACUGUUAAUGAGUACUAUAAUGGAUAUAGCAACAACAUUUUGUGGCCUCUGUUCCACUACCUCGGCCUCCCGCACGAAGAUCGGUUGGCUACCACCAGGAGCAUUCAUCAAACGCAGUUCGCCGCUUACAAGAGGGCCAAUCGGAUGUUUGCCGAUGUUGUCUGGAAACACUAUGAAGAUGGUGAUAUCGUUUGGUGCCAAGACUACCAUCUCAUGUUUCUGCCGAAAUUUCUGAAGGAAUAUGACUGCAAUAUUAAAGUUGGCUGGUUUUUGCACACCCCUUUCCCGUCUUCAGAAAUCCAUCGAACGCUUCCAUCUCGAACAGAAGUGUUGCAUGCGGUUCUAGCUGCCGAUUUGGUUGGUUUUCACAUCUAUGAUUAUGCAAGACAUUUUGUGAGUGCUUGUACCCGUAUUCUUGGAGUCGAAGCUGUUCCUGAAGGAGUAGAGGAUCAAGGGAGAACAACUCGUGUGGCUGCGUUCCCAAUAGGAAUUGAUGCCGAAAGGUUCAUACAUGCUCUUGAAGUUCCUCAAGUGCAGCGACUCAUGGAUGAAUUAAAAGCACGAUUUGCUGGAAGAAAGGUAAUGCUAGGAGUAGAUCGCCUUGAUAUGAUCAAAGGAAUACCCCAAAAGAUACUAGCAUUUGAGAAGUUUUUAGAGGAAAACCCUGACUGGCAUGAUAAGGUGGUUUUACUGCAAAUUGCUGUACCAACCAGAACUGACGUAGCUGAAUAUCAAAAGCUUACAAGCCAGGUCCAUGAAAUUGUUGGGCGGAUCAAUGGCAGAUUUGGAACUCUGACAGCAGUACCAAUUCAUCAUCUGGAUCGUUCUCUUGACUUUAAUGCCUUGUGUGCACUUUAUGCGAUCACUGAUGUAGCACUUGUCACUUCCUUGCGCGACGGGAUGAAUCUUGUCAGCUAUGAAUUUGUGGCGUGCCAAAGUUCUAAGAAGGGGGUUCUUAUUCUCAGUGAAUUUGCUGGAGCAGCACAAUCUCUUGGAGCCGGAGCACUUCUAGUAAACCCAUGGAACAUCAUUGAAGUAUCUAAUGCAAUUGGACAAGCUUUAACUAUGCCUGCAGAAGAAAGAGAAAAACGCCACUGGUAUAACUUCAAACAUGUGACGUCUCAUACUGCUCAACAGUGGGCUGAAUUCUUCAUAAGUGAGUUGAACGACACUGUUAUUGAAGCAAAGCAGAGAAUUAGAAAAAUUUCUCCUCCGCUUGUUUUUAGCGAGGGAAUCAAUGCUUACUUGCAGUCUGAGAACCGAUUACUCAUACUGGGCUUUAAUUCUGCAUUGACUGAAACAGUUGAUAUACCUGGAGGACGGGGUGGGGAUCAAAUAAAAGAGAUGGAACUCAAAUUGCAUCCUGACCUGGGAGGUCCACUAACAAUACUUUGUAAUGAUCCAAACACAACAGUUCUGGUCCUCAGUGGAAGUUGCAGACGCACCCUUGAUGAUAACUUUGGGAAGUACGACAUGUGGUUGGCUGCUGAAAAUGGAAUGUUUCUGAGAUCUACAAAAGGAGAAUGGAGGACAACUAUGCCAGAGCUUUUGCAUAUGGAUUGGGUUGACACUGUCAAGCAUGUUCUAGAAUAUUUCACUGAAAGAACCCCAAGAUCACAUUUUGAGCAACGUGAAACUUCACUUGUGUGGAACUAUAAAUAUGCAGAUGUUGAAUUUGGAAGACUGCAAGCUAGAGACAUGCUACAACAUCUAUGGUCUGGACCAAUAUCCAACACACCUGUUGAUGUCAUCCAAGGAAGCCGCACUGUGGAAGUACGACCAGUUGGUGUCACAAAAGGUGCAGCUAUUGCCCGUAUACUUGGGGAGAUUGUUCGCAGUAAACACCUCUCUGGACCUAUAGAUUAUGUCUUGUGCAUAGGACAUUUCUUGGGGAAGGAUGAGGAUAUCUACACAUUUUUCGAGCCCGAACUUCCCCCCGACACCAGGGGCACACCAAGAAGCAGCCAGAAUUGGCCGACACCGAAAUCCCCAUUUGAACAGAGCACCUCAAACUCUCCGACUAAGAGCCCGACUGGUGAAAAAACCUCCAGAAAUAGCGGCAAAAAAGCACAUUCCCCAAAAACCGAAACUUCCUGGAACGUGCUCGAUCUGAAAAAGGAGAACUAUUUUUCUUGUUCGGUUGGCCGGACUUGUACAAAGGCUCGUUACAUGUUUAACUCGUCCGAUGAAGUGGUUGCCUUUCUCGAUGAGUUGGCAGGUUAG